CUAAGGAAACACAAGUGAGAAACGAGGAAAGAACCCAGAAAAUUUAUCUGGGGUUUUCUCUAUCAUCCUUCUUGUCUGUAAUUCUUCUUUUCAGAAGGAGCCGAAGGAAUUUCAUGGAGUCUCAGGUUUUGGUCGCUCUGGGUCUCUCAAUGUUGGGUGGAUUAAGUACCUCUUUAGGUGCUCUGUUUGUGAUCAUAAAUCCUGCCCCUGACUUGAAGAUGCUUGGUCUUUUGCAGGGUUUUGCUGCUGGUCUUAUGUUGAGCAUAUCAUUCCUAGAUUUGGCUCAUAAUGCUUUGAACUCCAUUGGGUUCUUAAGGGGAAACCUUUGGUUCUUUGCAGGUGUUGCUUUCUUUGCUCUCAUUUCAAGCUUCAUCCCAGAACCUACUCUUUCUUUCAUUUCAGAUGGCCAGAACAAAAUGACUUGAGGCUGUGCUUGAAUGUUGAUAGCAGAAAGGUAGGGAAGAUGGUGGCAAAGAUAUCAUGAAAAAACGUCGCCGUCAAGUCCUCUUCAGUGGCAUUGUUACGGCAAUAGGGAUAAGCUUGCACAACUUUCCAGAAGGAAUGGCUGUUUUUCUUGGAUCAAUGAAGGGACUUCGAGUUGGUAUAAACCUGGCCUUUGCUAUUGCACUGCACAACAUCCCCGAGGGUGUUGCAGUUGCACUUCCAGUUUAUUUUGCAACUCAGAGCAAAUGGCAGGCAUUCAAGAUUGCCACACUUUCUGGCUUGGCAGAGCCCCUGGGUGUAAUUAUUGUAGCCUAUCUAUUUCCAAGCAGCUUGAGUCCAGAAGUUCUAGAGGGGCUCCUUGGAUCAGUUGGUGGGGUAAUGGCUUUCCUAACCCUGCAUGAACUGCUGCCGCUGGCAUUUGACUAUGCGGGCCAAAAGAGAGCAGUCCAGGCCGUGUUUUUUGGAAUGGCUUUCAUGUCUGCGAGCCUAUAUUUCCUUCAGGCCAGCUUACCGGAGGAUAUGAGCUUGUAGCCGGAUGGAUAUUCUGUGCUGAUUUUUAACCUCCUGAGGUAUCUGUCCUUAUGAGCAGCAGUAUUUACAUGAAGAUAAACUGGACAAACUGUUAUUGUAAAAUCAGUGAUAUAUGAUUUCGCUACACAAACACACACACACACACACACACACAAACCAAUCAGACAUUUGUAUGAAUUAUGACAAUUGAUCCUCGACAUUUAAAGUAAAGGGCACAGUAGAUUUCAAUAUAUUGACGUUUAGGGGCCUGUUUGGUGAGUGAACAUGGUUCAUUCGAGAGGGUUGUGAUAUGGACAUACGGAGUAUAUCAUACUUGAACCAUGUUUUAGACUUCACAAAACAAGCGUGAAUGGGUUCUCAU